CCCCGAGCGGCCGAGGGGAGCCGGACGGUGCGCGCGCGCCCGCCCGCCCGCCCGCGGCGGGAGUUGGCGCCUGUGCGCGGGUGCCGGCUCCUCGCCUCGCUCGGGCGGGCGCACGACUCCUCCACACGAGCGAGCACACACACCUCACAGGCACACCAGCCUCUCCCUCCCUCGCACGCGACCCCGCGAGCGCCGGCCCCGCCUCCCUCUCCUCCCUGAGCUUUGGGAGAAGUCGCCGCCCGCCCUCCUCAGCCCGCCCGCCCCAGCCUGUGCGCUGGGAGCGCGGGCGCGCGCCCGCCCAUUCACCUUCGCACCACUGCGAGGCGCGCGCGUGAGCGCGCGCGGGCGAGUCUGAUCUUUCACCUGCCGGAGCCGCGCGCGCUCCCGGCGAGGGGCGGUGCCAUGGCCACCCUGCCAAUCACCUCGGCGCCUGGCAGCGCCCGGCCGCUCCCGCCCGCCCCGCUCCCUCCUGCCAAACUGUUACCCUGAGUGUUACCGUCAGGAGCAAUGACAUCAGGAUUUUAAAACAACUUGUUAUUCGGGGAGUAAUCAGUUGCAAUUAGGCAUUAAUUAAGUAUUAUGAAAGUUGAUUAUUUAAGUGAAUUCGGCUUUCGACUCUCCGACUAUGAGUUUGGGACCAAGGAGCGGAGAAUGGAUCUUGGAACAGCUGAAAGCACCCGGUGCACCGACCCACCUGCAGGCAAGCCUCCAAUGGCAGCCAAGCGCAAAGGCGGCCUGAAGCUCAACGCCAUCUGUGCCAAGCUCAGCCGACAGGUGGUCGUGGAGAAGGGAGCAGAGGCCGGCUCCCAAGCCGAAGGUAGCCCACUACAUCCCCGGGACAAAGAGCGCAGUGGCCCUGAGUCUGGGGUGAGCCGGGCUCCCCGAAGUGAAGAAGACAAGAGGCGGGCAGUGAUCGAGAAAUGGGUCAAUGGAGAGUACUGUGAGGAUCCCGCACCCACCCCAGUGUUGGGGCGUAUUGCCCGUGAUCAGGAGCUGCCCCCAGAGGGUGUCUACAUGGUCCAGCCACAGGGCUGCAGUGACGAAGAAGACCAUGCAGAAGAGCCCUCAAAAGAUAACAGUGUCCUGGAGGAGAAGGAGUCAGAUGGUACGGCUUCUAAAGAUGACAGCGGCCCCAGCACCAGGCAGGCUUCAGGAGAAACCUCCUCUCUGAGGGACUACGCUGCUUCCACCAUGACCGAGUUCCUCGGCAUGUUUGGCUACGAUGACCAGAACACCAGGGAUGAGCUGGCCAAGAAGAUCAGCUUUGAGAAGCCGCAUGCAGGCUCCACCCCCGAGGUGGCUGCCUCUUCCAUGUUGCCCUCCUCUGAGGAUACCCUCAGCAAGCGGGCGCGCUUCUCCAAAUACGAGGAAUACAUCCGUAAGCUCAAGGCCGGCGAGCAACUUCCCUGGCCAGCCCACGGGAGCAAAGCCGAGGACCGGGCAGGCAAGGAGGUGGUGGGUCCCUUACCCAGCCUACGGCUGCCCAGCAACACGGCCCACCUGGAAACCAAGGCCACCAUCCUGCCACUGCCAUCACACAGCAGUGUCCAGAUGCAGAAUCUGGUAGCUCGUGCUUCCAAGUAUGACUUCUUCAUCCACAAACUGAAGACAGGCGAGAACCUGAGGCCCCAGAAUGGAAGCACUUACAAGAAGCCAUCCAAGUAUGACCUGGAGAAUGUCAAGUACUUGCACCUCUUCAAACCCGGGGAAGGCAGCCCUGACAUGGGCGGGGCCAUCGCCUUCAAGACAGGCAAGGUGGGGCGCCCCUCUAAGUACGACGUUCGGGGCAUCCAGAAGCCAGGCCCUACCAAGAUUCCGCCCGCCCCCAGCCUGGUUCCUACACCCCUCACCAAUGUGCCCAGUGCUCCCAGCACCCCCGGACCAGGACCGGAGCCACCUGCCUCCUUGUCCUUCAACACUCCCGAGUACCUGAAGUCAACCUUUUCCAAAACAGACUCCAUCACCACAGGAACUGUCUCCACUGUCAAGAACGGAUUGCCCACAGAUAAACCAGCUGUCACCGAAGAUGUAAACAUUUACCAGAAAUAUAUUGCCAGGUUCUCAGGAAGUCAGCACUGCGGUCACAUCCACUGCGCCUACCAGUACCGUGAGCACUAUCACUGCCUGGACCCGGAGUGCAACUACCAGCGGUUCACAAGCAAGCAGGAUGUGAUCCGACAUUACAACAUGCACAAGAAGCGCGACAACUCCCUGCAGCACGGCUUCAUGCGCUUCAGCCCGCUGGACGACUGCAGUGUCUACUACCACGGCUGCCACCUCAAUGGGAAGAGCACCCACUACCACUGCAUGCAGGUGGGAUGUAACAAGGUAUACACAAGUACGUCGGAUGUGAUGACUCACGAGAACUUCCACAAGAAGAACACCCAGCUCAUCAACGAUGGCUUCCAGCGCUUCCGAGCCACGGAGGACUGCGGCACAGCUGACUGUCAGUUCUAUGGACAGAAGACCACACACUUCCACUGCAGGCGCCCUGGCUGCACAUUCACCUUCAAGAACAAGUGUGACAUCGAGAAGCACAAGAGCUACCACAUCAAGGAUGAUGCCUACGCCAAGGACGGCUUCAAGAAGUUCUACAAGUACGAGGAGUGCAAAUACGAGGGCUGCAUGUACAGCAAGGCCACCAACCAUUUCCACUGCAUCCGCGCCGGCUGCGGCUUCACCUUCACCUCCACCAGCCAGAUGACCUCACACAAGCGCAAGCACGAGCGGCGGCACAUCCGGUCCUCGGGGGCCCUGGGGCUGCCGGCCUCCCUGCUGGGCGCCAAGGACACGGAGCACGAGGAAUCCAGCAACGAUGACCUCGUGGACUUCUCUGCCCUGAGCAGCAAGAACUCCAGCCUGAGCGCCUCCCCCACCAGCCAGCAAUCGUCCGCAUCCCUGGCCGCUGCGGCUGCCGCCACCACUGCUGAGGCCAUCCCCAGUGCCACCAAGCCUCCCAAUAGCAAGAUGGCAGGCCUGCUGCCCCAGGGCCUGUCUGGUUCCAUCCCCUUAGCACUGGCCCUCUCUAACUCAGGCCUGCCCACCACCACACCCUAUUUCCCUCUGCUUCCUAACCGUGGGAGCGCCUCAUUGCCUGUGGGAUCUCCAGGGCUCCUGGGCUCCAUGUCCUCUGGGGCCACAACCUCAGCAACCCCUGACAUGCCGGCCCUGAUGGCUUCCAGAGCUGGAGACUCGGCCCCCACGGCUGCCACCUCUCUCUCGGUGCCCCCUGCCUCCAUCAUUGAGAGAAUCUCUGCAAGCAAAGGCCUCAUCUCACCCAUGAUGGCUAGACUGGCUGCGGCCGCCCUCAAGCCCUCUGCCACCUUUGACCCAGGAAGUGGGCAGCAGCCCACCCCCACCAAGUUCCCCCAGGCCCAGGUGAAGCAGGAGCCUGACAGUGCUGGCACCCCAGGUCCCCACGAGGCCUCCCAAGACCGCAGUCUAGACCUGACCGUGAAGGAUCCCAGUAAUGAAUCAAAUGGCCACGCAGUCUCGGCAAAUUCAUCUCUUUUAUCCUCGCUUAUGAAUAAGAUGUCUCAGGGCAACCCCAGCCUCGAAAGCUUCCUGAGCAUCAAGACAGAAGCGGAGGGGAGCCCCGCCGGGGAGCCCUCGCCUUUCUUGGGCAAGGCCGUGAAGGCACUAGUUCAAGAGAAGCUGUCAGAGCCUUGGAAGGUGUAUCUCCGCAGGUUUGGUACCAAGGACUUCUGUGAUGCCCAGUGUGACUUCCUCCACAAGGCGCAUUUCCAUUGUGUAGUGGAGGAGUGCGGUGCGCUUUUCAGCACCUUGGACGGAGCCAUCAAACAUGCAAACUUCCACUUCCGGACAGAGGGAGGAACAGCAAAAGGAACCCCAGAGGCUUCCUUCCCGACCUCUGCUGCUGAGACCAAACCUCCCUUGGCACCCUCGUCCCUGCCAGCACCUCCUGGCACCAUGGUCGCUGGAUCUUCUCUGGAGGGGCCUGCUCCCAGCCCGGUCUCUGUGCCCUCCACCCCCACCCUGCUCGCCUGGAAGCAGCUGGCUUCCACCAUACCCCAGAUGCCUCAGAUUCCCUCCUCAGUGCCUCACCUGCCCACCUCGCCCCUGGCGACGACGUCUCUAGAGAGCGCCAAGCCUCAGGUCAAACCCGGGUUCCUCCAGUUCCAGGACAACGAUCCAUGCCUGGCGACGGACUGCAAAUACGCCAGCAAGUUCCACUUCCACUGUCUCUUCGGGAACUGCAAGUACGUCUGCAAGACCUCGGGCAAGGCUGAGUCCCACUGCUUGGACCACAUCAACCCCAGCAACAGCCUGGUGAACGUGCGAGACCAGUUUGCUUACUACUCUCUACAGUGCCUGUGUCCCAACCAGCACUGUGAGUUCCGGAUGCGUGGACACUACCACUGCCUCCGGACGGGCUGCUACUUUGUCACCAACAUCACCACCAAACUUCCAUGGCAUAUAAAGAAGCAUGAGAAGGCUGAACGACGGGCAGCCAACGGGUUCAAAUACUUCACCAAGCGCGAGGAGUGCGGAAGACUAGGCUGCAAGUACAACCAGGUGAACAGCCACUUCCACUGCAUCCGGGAAGGUUGUCAGUUCUCCUUUCUCCUCAAGCACCAGAUGACCUCGCAUGCCCGGAAGCACAUGCGGAGGAUGCUGGGGAAGAACUUUGACCGAGUGCCCCCAUCCCAGGGUCCCCCGAGCCUAAUGGAUGCCGAGACAGACGAGGGCAUGGACUAUACAGGCUGUAGCCCUGGAGCGGCGUCCUCAGAGUCUUCCACCAUGGACCGUAGCUGUUCCAGCACCCCUGUGGGCAAUGAGAGCACAGCUGCAGGCUGCCCGGUUCCUCCUCCUCCUCCUCUUCCUCCUCCUGCUGCGGCUGGUGACGAGGCUGCUCGUGGGGCUGCACCGCCCACCCUGACUCCAUCCUUCCCACCGGCUGUGCUCCGGCCUCCCCUUGCCCCCCUCCCAUGCCUCUUCUCUCCGUCCUGUCUGUCAUACUCUCUGCUCAGUGCCACUCUGGGAGCCAGCCGGGGCCUGGCCCGCCCCAUCAGCAGCCCGCCCAGCUUCCCGCCCGUCACUGCCACUCCAACUCCAGUAAAAAGUGACGCCCCCCUAGUUCAGGAUGCUGCAGGGAACACCAUCUCCAUGCCGACAGCCUCGGGGGCCAAAAAGCGCUUUUGGAUCAUCGAGGACAUGUCUCCCUUUGGCAAGCGAAGGAAGACAGCCUCGUCUCGGAAGAUGCUGGACGAGGGCAUGAUGCUGGAGGGUUUCCGGCGCUUUGACCUCUAUGAGGACUGCAAGGAUACAGCCUGCCAGUUCUCACUCAAGGUCACCCACUACCACUGCACGCGGGAAAACUGCGGCUACAAGUUUUGCGGACGCACGCACAUGUACAAGCACGCACAGCACCACGACCGCGUGGACAACCUGGUGCUGGACGACUUCAAGCGCUUCAAGGCCUCCCUCAGCUGCCACUUCGCCGACUGCCCGUUCUCGGGCACCAGCACGCACUUCCACUGCCUGCGCUGCCGCUUCCGUUGCACAGACAGCACCAAGGUCACUGCGCACCGCAAGCACCACGGCAAGCAGGACGUGAUCAGCGCCGCUGGCUUCUGCCAGUUCAGCUCGAGCGCCGACUGCGCAGUGCCCGACUGCAAGUACAAGCUCAAGUGCUCGCACUUCCACUGCACCUAUCCGGGCUGUCGCCACACAGUGGUGGGCAUGUCGCAGAUGGACUCGCACAAGCGCAAGCACGAGAAGCAGGAGCGAGGGGAGCCUCCCGCAGCCUCUCCGGGUGCGCCUGUCAACCUGGACGGCUCCCUCACGCUGGCCGCCGAGCAGGGCUCGCUGCUCUUCCUGCAGACAGCGGCUGCGGGCCUAGGCCUGCUCGGGGACACGGGGGACCCCGGCCCACCUGUCACCGCCUCCGGGACUCGGGACGGCCCCGCUGCGCCCACCCCCGCUGCCGCCGCCACCACCACCACCACCACCACAGCCACAGCCACAGCCACCGCUGGGGAGUCCUCCCAAGAGGACGACGAGGAGCUGGAGCUGCCGGAGGAGGAGGCCGAGGACGACGACGAGGAUGACGAUGAAGAGGACGACGACGACGAGGAUGAUGAUGAUGAUGACGACGACGAGGACCUGCGCACCGACUCGGAGGAGUCGUUGCCCGAGGCUGCGGGCGAGGCGGGCGCGCGGACCCCGCUGGCAGCCCUGGGUGGCCCCGGCCCUGCGCCCACCGCCGCAUCACCCUAGCCGCCGCGCCACCCCAGCCCCCUCUAGAACUGCUCUGUAUGUGAACCCCUGUGUACAGACCCCGCUGGGCCGCCCCAGGGAGUGAGGCGCCCUGGCCCCGCCGGUGCUUCCGGACCCCGAGUCCGUCUCAGGGCGAGGCGGGGACCCCUCUGGUGCUUCGGGCCGCCCGCGCCCUCCCCGCCCGCCCGAGCGGGUGUUCAGGGAAUAGCAGGUGCUGUGUCGGGGUGGCAGCACUGACCUGCACUCCUCUCGGUACCCACUCGCGAGGUCCUUGUUUGCUCAGGGGCUCCCCGCGGGGGUCACCGGGUUGUGGGGGCGGCAGGCUCCUGUAGCAUCUGGUUCUCUCCCCCCCCCCCGCCCCAAUGCAGCUAAGACCUCCUCCUGGCUCAGGGGAGGGCCGGCCGAAGACGGUCAGCAUCAGCACGGGUGACACUACAGGGACAUGGAGGGAAUCUCAUGGAAUCAGCAGCAAGCCGGCAUCCCCGCCCCCAAGCUGUGGUCCAGGUCUGGUGACACUCAGGCCCCAGCCCACCCUCCAGCGAAUUUGAGGCUGUGGCCCAAAGGCAGGCACAGCUGGUGGGGGCCUGGAGGUGAGGGUCUCAGCCACUGGUGCAAACAGGAAGGCUGCGACUGGUUUUGGCUUUAAUAAUCAAAAUGGAAAAAAAAUCCAAGAAAGUUGUACAGUAUUUUUCCUGUAAAGGUUAUUAUUCUACAUAGAACAAAAAGAGAAGGGGGAAAACGGAAAAAAACAAAAAAAACUAAAACAAAAAAAACAAAAAAACAAAAAAAAAAGCAGGCGAGUGCGGGGGGAGCCUCGCCUCGCCUUCAGCCCAGCCCUGGGAUUGGGGACCCGAGUGCAAUUGCUCCUGUGGAAUUGUUGUGCAUUUACUUUCAAGGCCUCGGUUUGAGGCGUUGUCCUCACACUAGCACUGAUGGGGGCUGCGGGAUUCCAACUUUUAACUUGAAUUUUGUAGAGACAAGGAAAAAAAAAAAGACUAUUCUCUUGAUACAAGUUUGUAGCUAAUUUAACAUUUGAGGGUUUUUCUGUUGGUUAUGCGUGUGGCUUUAUAGGGCUUUUUUUUCUCUUUCUCUCUCUCUCUCGUUCCAGUUUUGUUUUAUUAUUUUAUUUGGGAUGCUUUCGUGCAGGUGCAGCCCACCCAGAUCUGGUUCCUUUUCCAAAAUACCCCUUUCCCGGAGGCAAUGAGGCCACUUAGACUCUGCACAGGGCUCACCUGCAGGCACUUACUUGGCCAGAGGCUGCUCCAGAUUCUGGUAGGGGCAGGCUGUCUGAGGCCGGCCUUGUGGGGUAAACCUGUGCACUCCAGGUUCUGGCUAGUGCCAGGCUGGAAGAAACCAGGCCAAUUCGGCAAGUAAUGGAAGGGCCGGGAGUUGCCAGCAGGAAGCCCCGCCCAUAGGUCUUUAAAUGGGGUCUGCCCAAAUGGGGCAGUGGUUUUCUUUAUCUGUAUCAGAGUGUAUGUAUGUGUGUGAGAGUGUGUAUCUGUGUAUGUGUGUGUGUGUGUCCCCUCUUGGCUGCCCACAGCCAGAAAGCCAGGACCAUCUAAACUGGAGAGGGAGCAGGGAGGGUACAGCUGAGAGAUGAGGGUACCCAACAGGCAACGCGCUGAUUGCUAACCGGCCCUGCCAGAGCCUCCAUGCUGCUGAGAGUUCGUUCGCCCAGAUUCUAACCUACCACAGGACUCUGCCUCUGUGGAAGGAGUUUUGUAAAGGAAAAGAAAAACAAAACACAACAAAACAAAAUAAAAAAAAAUUUCAAUGUAGCAAAAUCAAAUAAAAAAUUAUAAAAGGAAAAAAAAAAGCCGCGGAGAGUGCGCAGUCUAGCCUUUUGUAAGCCUCAUAUUGCACAUUAGGACUAUAAGCCAUUGCUAGCUCAUCUUGAAUUUUAAUGUGUAAUUUUUGUUUUAUUUUCUUUCUGUGAGGAAAACGAUGCCUGACCCACCAAUGCUCUUUUUAAUGUUUUAUAACUAUGUAUGUGUAUAUAUAUAAAUAUAAAAGUAAUAUGUAUGCACAUAUGUGUGUAUAUAUCUAUAUGUAUAUACAUAUAUAGAUAUAUAGAGAUAUAUAGAGAGGUUUUGAGACAAAAAAAAAAAAAAAUGCAGACCAUGAAACCGACCUGAACAGCGCGCGCUCUGAUUACUUGAAUCUGGUCUCCUCGGCACCUGGUUAUUAAGAACUGAAUAUUUUUCCACUUGAAUUUAGUGCUAUUAGAAAUUUAAUAUAUGUGUUUUAUUUAUUUGAUUUUUUUUUGCAUGACUGAUGCAAGGUUUGACAUUUUCACUCAAUAAAAACUGGAAAAAAAAUCCA